UCAAUUGUUUGAUUAAAAAAGUUAGUUGGGCAAAUUGGUAAAUUGAAAUAGAUUACACUGAUUGUUUGUGUUAAUUAAAAUGGAAGGUGCUCCAUUCGACGAUCAAAGUUUUAACGAUUAUAACAAUCAACCGCUGCCGUCCCUGGCAUCGACUUUAUUGAAUAAAAAUCAAGAAAAUCUGAACGUGCACUCUAUCCAAGUGAUGUUAGGGCUGCAACACCAACAUGACAUGUUCGGGAAUAUGGGAUCUCCCUUGGAAUAUAAGGGAUCCCCUCAGAAACUGGAUAAUUCACCUAUGAGUCCCAUGCACCAUCAGGAUCUGAGCAUGUUCCAACAAGGAAUGGAGAAUGUCAACAACAAUUCUAAUGGUGUGAAGAGGAAAAACGAAGAUGUCGUACUGCUUCAGUCGCAGAAUUUAAGUUCGACGGAAAUUGGUAACGCCCCCACCACGACUACUAAGAAGAACGAGAAAAAGAAAAAUGAUAAUAAUGGAGUCAAGAAAAAGAAAACCAGAACGACAUUUACUGCCUUCCAACUGGAGGAGUUGGAACGGGCAUUUGAACGAGCUCCAUACCCGGAUGUGUUCGCACGAGAAGAGUUGGCAUUAAAGUUAAACCUGAGCGAGUCCAGAGUACAAGUGUGGUUCCAGAAUAGACGGGCGAAAUGGAGAAAACGUGAACCUCCACGUAAAACCGGAUACAUCAGCUCAAAUUCGCCCAGUUCCAGCAUCACAACGAAUUUUAACAACCCAAUACCUUUCACCCAACCCAAUACAAUUAACACAUCAACGCCAGUGGAAUCUUGGAGUUACCAAUCCUCCUACGACUUAGGCCCCCAUUUAAACCUACUUAACAGCACAUCUGGUUCCUAUUCCAGUUUUGGAUCCCCAGCUUCUUAUUCAAGUUUUGGAUCAACGCAAAACAGUUACUCGUACAUGUUGAACUCUCAUGAAAAUCAACUGUUCGGAGCACCCAUGCGCACGCAUGAGUAUACGGCUCCUGCAGGUAACCAAAGUCCUCCCCUAGGAAGGGAAUAUUCCAUGUUGCAAACCCACUCGCCGACUGCAGACGAAAAUUCCAUAGGAGUGAAAAUCGAAUACGUAGAUCACAAUGCACUGAGUCAGUCACCCGAGAGGUAUGGCAACGCUUCUCCAAAGUACGAACAAGCGUUUCACGAUGACGGGAGAAUUAAAGAAGCUAAGCCUGAUAAUGGAAACGGGAAUCAAACAUAUGUUACAUUACCCCCUUUUCUGAAUUAGCAAAAAUUGUGAAUAGGCAAUACUUAUGACUGUUACACAGGGUUGUUAUUAUGGACAUAUUAUUUCUUCUUGGCCUUACUAAAUGACCAGUUAGAUUCAAAAUUUCUUUUUAAAGUACGUGAAAAAAAAAAUUUUUUUUCGUCAAAAUAUAUUUAUGCUUAUUUAUAGUAUCAAAUACGAGAUAUGACAAUAAAGUUUAAACCCUCUCUUUAGAGGUUAUGUAAGUAUCAAUAUAAGUACAAUCCGCGCAUUGUACAUAAAAAAUUGGUGAAGCAGCUUUUGUCUAAUAAUCUUCAGAACUGCUAUUGUGAUGAAUCAUGACAAAACUUUCAAGCUGUUACACAUACUUCUUUCAGUGUAUCCAAAUCGUGAACCUAAAAGUUCAAAUAAUUAAUUUGGAAGUAUAGAAGGAAGUUUUACAAUGUUUGACGAAAAUGAUUUAAUUUAUUACAAAUCAUGAUUUUGCUUCAUAGCUAUGUACCACUCGAAAUACCCUUUUCGUUCAUUGAACUUUUUUUCUGUUGUCGAAACCAAAAGAAACUGGUGAUGAUAUUAAACUUAGCGUGACGGCAGUUGUCAAAACCUGCUCCAAAAUUGUUAUGAAGUGAAAACUAGGUGUUGGUAUUGGUACGUAGCUACCCAUAGGAGUAAUUUGAAGUUGAUUACAUGAAUCUAAAAGGGCAUUCUCACUAUUCAAUCAUAGUUGAGCAGUUGCAUAACUUUUAUUCUGUAAACCAAAUUAUUAAUAUUGUCCUGUAUAUAAGUAGAACAUAUACUCCUUGAAGUGAAAUAUAUCUUAUUUUGAUGCGGACAGCGAAGAGAUUGGUACAAAGCAGCUAUCAAACUGUAUUUUCAACAUAUUUGUAUUUAUCUGAUGAAACAUAAAUGAAUUGAUCAAUUACUUUAAAUCGUUCCGCAAUGGUAACUGUGUGAUUGGAUGAAAAUGAAACGUAUUUUUAAAAUAUUUAUUUCUAGAUGUAUUGUUUUACAAAAGAGGAGUGUAUUAGAUAUACGUAUACCUAUGUGAUAUUCCGCUACAGUUUUAUAGGGAUUAUAAUGUAGACAAUGAGACAAUGAUAUAUACCUAGAUAUUUUUUUGCAGAUAAUUUAAGCAGUUAUUUCACGUACCAGGUGCGUUUCAAAGUAAACAGGACUUUUUAAAAACAGGAACAAUAAAAAAUUUGUUAGACAAAACCGAUUUAUUUUAUUCAAAAUAGUCCUGUUCCGAUCGACACAGCCGAUUUGCACGGUCGAUUUUAAAUCGUCAGCCGGGUGUCCUUUUAGAUGGCGUCUACAUCCAUAAAACGCUUUCCUUUCAACGGCAAAUGCAUAUUUCCGAAAAGGUAAAAGUCGCUCAAUGCCAAAUCAGGCGAAUACGGGGAGUGGUUGGCAGUUAAAAUGCGAUUUUUAGUCAGUAAAUCGGUUACAAGUGUCGAUCGAUAAGAUGGCGAAUUAUUGUGCAACAAACGCCAAGUUCCUUCUGAUCGAUAUUCUGGACGAAUACGAUGCACCAAACGCUUCAAAACACCAAGAUAGAAUUGUGCAUUAACGGUUUGGCCCAAUGGAAUGAACUCUGGACAAUGCCCUUAGAAUCGUAAAAGCAAAUCAACAUAGUUUUCACUUUUGACUUCUCCAAACGUGAUUUUUGGGGUUUUGGCUUGUCUGGCGCCUUCCACUCGGCACUUUGGCGCUUGGUUUCUGGAUCAUAUCGAAAAGACCACAUUUCAUCUCCAAUCACAAUGUUGUAAAGGAAGAUUUUGUCCUUUUCGGCCUCCUUGAUGAUGUUCUUCAAAUGUUGAAUUCUAAAAGGUCCUGUUUACUUUGGAACGCACCAUGAAAGUAUCUAUCCUACGGGGUAUAUACACAAAUUUUAUUUUUUAAUUCAGCAAUUGUGUUUGUAAAUAGUGGAACAGCUAAAGUGCCAAAGAAAAGUUUUAUCGGUAUAGUUUGUGCCAUUGCAUAUACAUACUGUAUUUGCCUAAAUGUAAGUCUCUAUAAUUGCACACCACAGUUGCAUUUAAAAUAUUCCACGAAAUAUCUAAUUUUAAAUCGGUAAUCUCUGACCUCAAAAAUUAAUAAAUUGUAAACAACAAUAGCGGUUUUUUCGAUUUCAUCUGAAUAGAGUUGUUUGUUGAAGAACUAUUACAACGUCAACUAUGAAUAAUUUGCAUCAUUUAUUCCGGCAUAUUGUCAAUUUUAUAUUUAGCAAGAUAAAUUGUUAUUUUGCAAAGUAUAAUUUACGUUGAGAUUUUAUUUUUGCAAAUCUUACAAAAAUUAUUUUUUUUAUGUUCCGUAGAUCAUGAAAUACUGUACUUUUCAAUAUCCGUGUAACUUCAUUGUUGAACAAAAAAAAUAUUUCAUUUCAAAAUACCAUUUCUUGUUCAUUUGGCAGUCCACUAUUUCGUUCCAUCAUCGUAUAGCUUCAUCAAAUAAUAAAGUUUUUAAUUUAAACCGUAACAAGAUCUCUAUUAUGGGGAGAAAAUAUUGGUAGUUUGUCCCUCACUCAUACCAAAUGAUAUUUAAAACUGCUGUAUUUCAUACUAUAUAAAACAAAACAAUAAAAGCUCUGAAGUAUCUAAACAAAAAUUAAGAUUUUGUAUAUUUGUAUAAUUUUACUAGUUAGAUAUUAUCAUUUCUUCAUGUACCUAAAGAAGUUUAGGUAUAUAUUUAUUGUUAACUGAUAAUAUUGAAAAAAAAUAACUACUAAUGCUCAGACUACCAUUGAAUUACACCACUAAUAUUUAGCAAACAUUAAUUAAUUCAAUGCUGGUUGGGGCAUCUGUCCGCAGGUUAGUUGUUUUUGGCAUUUAUUGAUUAAAAAUUGUAUUCCUUAGUGACGACACAGAUCUUCCUUUCAAAGAACCUGUGGAAUAGAAGGUCGCUUUCUACCAUUUCGGUCGCACUUUGUUAUAUCCUAUUUUUUAGUAGGAAGUAGUAAAAGAAAAUAUUCUCUCCAAGACCAGGAUCUAUCAAAACUUAUUUUUAUUUUGUGUUUUGUGUACCUACUUUUGUAUAUUUUCCAAUUAUAGAAAUAUGAAGUAUAUAGAAAAAUGUUUUUCAUGUGGGUCUGGUACAGAUAUUUAUUAAUGUUUGAAAAAAUACCUAAAUAGGAUUGAAUGUAUUGGAAACUUCCCAAAUAAACUAGCAUGAUAAAAGCAGAUUAAGAUUCUUCACAACUGCUUAACUGACUUAUGUUGUAAAAAUGUAAAUAUACUGUAAUAUAUAAUAUACUGUGAAUUAUGUGCCAUAUUUUAUAAACGUAUAAGGAGUUAAAGUUUUUAUUGUAAAUAAUUAUUUUUGUUUGAUGACAACAUAUUUC